UAAAAUUUGCUAAUGGAUCCUAAUCAAAAUCAAUACUCCCAGCCAAUGAUGGAUGGACAGCAGAAAGAAUUAGGAGGACCUCCUCCAAUUGCUACUGCUCCUCCACCACCUCCACCCCCAUCAAACAUUCCUGCUCCUCAACCUUACCCAGCAACAUCAGCUCAAGACUACUCAAAUACUCCUGGAAUGCCUCCACAACCUCAUCCCCAAGAAAUUCAGGCUCCUCCUCCAGCCCAACAGCAAUACGUUCAGCCUCAAAUCCAACCCCCGAGCAAUUAUGCUGUAAACACGGCUCAGCCAGUGGAUGAUACAAAUACAACAACUUCGUACCAAGUAACUAACGCAAAUGUUGCACCACAGGGACCAGUGGCUCCAAAGCCUAACCCAGCAAUGUUCAGAGGUGUCAUUACCUCUGUAUACUGCGAAUGCCCCAGCUGUGGCCAAGCCACCCACACAAGAGUUGAACACGAUUACAGCGCAAUGCAAUGGAUCAUCUGUCUCAUCAUGUUUAUUGUAGGAUUAUGGCUAUGCUGCUGUAUCCCAUUCUGCAUUGACUCAAUGAGAUCAGGAAAUCACUACUGCAGCAAUUGUGGUAGCUCUAUUGGAGUAAUUCAAGGAUCAAUCUAAUUUGCACUCAAAAUUAAAUACUACUCACAC